GAGGGGCGUGCCUGGUGCCUGAUAAAAGGGGCUGCGCAGCGCGGGGACCGCUUUCUCAGUGUCCUGCCUGCAGCGCUCCACAAGGGUGGGCAACCUUCAAGGUGACAAGAGGGCUCCUGAGCUACUUACUACUUGCACGCAGCCCAAGGUAGCUCGGGACAGACCACAGAUUUACUCCUCCCACUUAGCGACCCUCAGGGUAGGAAGGGGACAGAGCCACAGCCUGAGUAUGGCCACUGCAGCGUGCGAGCCUGUGGCCAGACCCAGCCUGACCUCCAUUUCAUCCGGGGAGCUGCGCAGUCUGUGGACGUGCGACUGCGAGCUGGCCCUGCUGCCCCUGUCGCAGCUGCUCCGCCUACAGCCUGGUGCCUUCCAACUGCGCGGUGAGCAGCUCCUGGUGCCCGGGCCCGGGGAACCCGCGGCCGCACGUGGGGGCUUCAACGUCUUCGGGGACGGCCUUGUGCGCCUAGAAGGGCAGCUCUAUCGCCUCAGCAGCUACAUCAAGAGAUAUGUGGAACUGACCAACUACUGUGAUUAUAAAGACUACAGGGAAACGAUACUGAGCAAACCUAUGGUAUUCUUUAUUAACGUGCAGACCAAGAAGGACAUUUCAAAAGAAAGGACCUAUGCGUUUCUUGUGAACACAAGGCACCCCAAGAUAAGAAGACAGAUAGAGCAAGGGAUGGACAUGGUCAUUUCCUCAGUGAUUGGAGAAAGCUAUAGACUUCAGUUUGAUUUCCAGGAAGUAGUGAAGAAUUUCUUCCCUCCAGGAACGAUUGUGCUGAAUGGAGAGAAUUUGAGCUUCACCUACGAAUUCAAGGCAGAUGCCCUGUUUGAUUUCUUCUACUGGUUUGGGCUCAGCAAUUCCACCGUAAAAGUGCACGGAAAGGUUCUGAACUUGACAAGUACGAACCCAGAAAAGAAAGAAACAAUCAAGUUAUUUCUGGAAAAAAUGAGUGAACCUCUAAUACGAAGGAGUAGUUUCUCUGAUCGGAAAUUUAGCGUCACAUCUAGAGGUUCAAUAGAUGACGUUUUCAACUGCAAUCUGUCACCCAGAUCAUCGGUUACAGAACCACUUUUGGCAGAAUUCUCAUUUCCAAGUCUUCUGGAAUGUGAAGAGACAUCCAGCCAACUUAUCUGAUUGGUCUGAACAUUCAAGCUGUCGCCCUUUGGGGGUCUGUGGCACACAGUGGGUUAAAGGGGUAAAAGAAGGCAGGGAGUGGACAUUUCUAUCCCUUUGCCAGCCUCUGGCCCUCCAAGGUUCUAUAGAGGACCCCCUUUCCCAUCCCUAGGCACUGGCAGGCCCAGUGGCUUCCGUCAAGGUUAUGAUUAUGGGAUGGAAGGAUUUUGUCUCUGUGGCAUAGGGUGUCAUUGACAUUGAACACUUCUCUGAGGAAUUUUCAGGGGUAACCAAGCACCCAUGAACUUUGCUUAGUACCCUGGCACUCUGAAGACCCUCCUGGCAACCUCUGUGGGAGGCAUCUGACUGGGAUGCUAACCUGUGAUGUAUCCUGGAUCACAGAAUGGCCCUCUGCAGCCAGCAGCCCCAGCAAGCCUUGGGGCUAAACUCUUCUCUUGCAAAUAUGUCAGGUAAAGCCAGUACUGAUAUUUCCCUGGGAAACAAAUCUGAUGUCCAACCUGCCACUGGAAUGAACAUUCAAGAUACUGGCUGCUGAAGGAUCUCUGCAGGCCACCAGGAUGAGCCCUCCCUGAAAUGUAAAGCCAGGUGGGGUGCCAAUCAACCAGUGACAAGGGAGGGUCCUCCUCCCUACAGGUACACCGUAGUAGUUGGUGUUUGAAAUACACUUUAACAAUCUUAAUAUGAGAAAAAGAGCCCAGGGAAACUAAGCCAUUACCAUGGUACACUGGACAUCAGGGCGCUUUCUGCCCCACAGCUCCAGUGGGAUUCACUGAAAGGGGAAAAAAAUGAUCCAAUCCACAUAUAAAAGUUUGCGUGAGUGGCCGGGCCUGGUGCCUGUAAUUCUAGCACUCGGGAGGUGGAGGAAGUAGAAUGAGGAGUUCAAGACCACCCUUGGCUACAUCAGGAGUUCAAGGCCAACUUGCUCUGUUACUACAGGAGACUGUCUAAUAAAAACAAACCUGCAUCAUUGCACAUGUAAAUUUGCACCUAUACUCAUAAGAAGGCAGAUUUAUGGGCCCCUAGUGGCAUCUUUUCUGUCCUUCUAAAAACAUAUUCCCACACUACAUAUUUUGAUAGCAAGGUUGAUGGCCAGCCAUUUGUAUCUGAGAUGCUACCUAGUACAUAUGCACAAUUAAAAGUUUUCUUAGCGUUCAACUUGUAAUGGAUUUAAUUUGUGGCUAAAAAAAGGUACAGGGUAGCCCCUUGAGGUCUGUGGGUGGUGUGGUUGCUCUGUGGAACACUAAGAAUGGGAGGGUUGUGGCUUUAACAGCUGCUACCUCAAGAAGGGACUUAGAGAGAGAAGCCAUAGAGUAUUUGGAGAAAGAAAAUGAAGGUUGAGAAGGAGAAAAGAAAGUGUCACUUCGUCAUAGGAGGAUAAAUAUGUUAUUAAAUUCAGUAAAAAGGAAAAUAAUAAAUUCUAACCGGUUCUCCAAUCAGCAGAAAUAAACCUUGGGUACACAGCAAGAAUUAAACUCUUCCCAAAGGAAAUAAAAACUAUUCAUAACAUUGACAAUUUUCUUUUGAAACUGAACUGAGAAAAUAGUCAGUAAUCACCCCAGGAAAUGGACUGAAGAUCUGGGAAGUUAAUUUCAUCAUUAAGAUGUCUUAGUUGGGCUGGAGAGAUGGCUCAGCAGUUAUUAGCAUUGACUGCUCUUCCAGAGGUCCUGAGUCCAAUUCUCAGCAACCACAUGGUGGCUCACAAUCAUCUGUAAUGGGAAUCCGAUGCCCUCUUCUGGUGUGUCUGAAGACAGCUACAGUGUAUUCACAUACAUUAAAUAAAUAAAUAAAUCUUAAAAAAAAAAAAGUCCUACU